CUCUCUCUCUCUCUCUCUCUCUCUCUCUCUCUCCAACCAUCGAAACCCCCACACCAUGUCGCUCCUAUCUCCGACGCCGGCUCGGCUCAUCCCGCCAUCACAACGCCGCCGCUUUCGCUCCACGGCCGCUGCCGGGAAGACCUGCAUUCCUACCCCACUCAGGGUAUUCUCCAUGGCCAAAGACACCAGCGACCCGGACUCGGACGUGGGCCUCGCCGGCAAGGCCGCCAUCGCCGGGGGCCUGGUCUCGACCCCGGUGAUCGCGUGGUCCCUCUACACCCUCAAGACGACGGGCUGCGGCCUCCCGCCGGGCCCGGGCGGAUCCAUCGGCGCGCUGGAGGGCGUGAGCUACCUGGCGGUGGUGGGGAUCGUGGGCUGGUCGGCCUACACCAAGUCCAAGACCGGGUCGGGCCUGCCCAGCGGGCCCUUCGGCCUCCUGGGCGCCGUGGAAGGGCUGUCGUACCUGGCGCUGCUGGGGAUCGCCGUCGUCUUCGCGCUGCAGUUCUUCGACAAGGGGUACAUCCCCGGCCCGUUGCCGGCCGAUCAGUGCUUCGGCUGAGGCCGAUCUCUCUCUCUCUCUCUCUCUCUCUCUCUCUCUCUCUCUCUCUUGGAGCGUAGAUGGUGUGGACGGACGUGAGCCAUUUCGAUGUUAUCGUGACUUUGUGGUGGAGGUUGGCCCUCGGACGAAAGCCUUUUACAUGCGCGGUUCCAUUGCUUUUGUCAUCUGUACAUUUUUAGUUGAGAUGUACCAUUCAACAUUUUUUUGCA